GUGGCCCGUGAGGUCGAUGCCCUCCGCCGGGACCAGGGACAGAUGCUCAAGAAGUUCAAGUCCAUGCUGGAGGAUGAGGGGGAGAUGCUCACGGCUUCCGGAGAGCACGCGAAGUCCUUGAAGAAGUGGAAGGACCGCAUCGUGCGACGCCUCAGGGCCGAACGCCUCGGCACCGGGGACAAGGAAUUGGUUGCGCUCAUCCUCGCGGCGCUCCGAGGCGUGCGCCUGGAUCCAGAGGACGUGUUGAUGCUGCAGAACAGGGAGAAGUACAUGGAUGCCAUGGAGGAGAAGCGGAGCUCGGUCACUUUGAGCAUGAUGCCCAUGCCCAGGGCCAGCCGCUGGAUGCAGCACACGGACAUCAACGCCCUGCUGUCCUCGCCCUUCGACCUCAUGCAGCGCAUUCUGGGCGAGGCUGCGCAGAGGGAUUCCAUCUACGACACCGGACCGGAGGUUCCGACCAUGCGGAACAUGCCCUACGUCAUGGCUGUGGAGCACAUUACGGAGAUUGUCAACAGUCCUGAGAUGUCUUUCACCGGUGAGAAUGCCGUGGAACUUUUCAUCAAGCUGUACUCUCUGUUCACACAGUCCCUGGGAGUGAAGCUGCCUCGUGCCGUGAACCCCGUCCACCAGCACACCUUUGCCACCCUGUCCUUGGCGCUGGCGGGUGCCAGUCAGAACCACGGCAUGCUGCAGUCCCUGCUGCACAUCUGCCGUCGCAGUCGCAAGGUUUGCGAGUGCCUCCCACGGCUCGAUCGGCCGCGGCGUGUGAUCUUUGUCCGACAGUGGAAGGCGAAGCUCAUCGCCAUACACAGGAAGCUCAUGGUGCUGGCCCAGCAGCCGGAAAUACAGAUGGCCACAGCAGAGAACAAGGACGCUGAUGAAGCAGCGUUUGGCGUCGCCCCGGACGAAGAGGAAGUUCCGGUGCUCAUGUCUGUUGGUGACGAGCACGGUGGCCUCUGCCCACAUUUGGUCUUCUGCCCUGGCCUGGGAAACGACGAG